GUGAAAGACAGUGGUGUCGCUAUUCAAGAGGAGGAACCAUCGGGGAGUGAUCGGAGGGUGUUGGGUUAUUACGACUUGUCCGCGCUGCCCACCGCGGUUUCUCAGCUACACACAAACCUCUCGCCAUGCUCUCAUCAACACUCGUCGCCGUCGCCGGCGCGGCGCUCGCAUCCGCACACACAAUUAUCACAUAUCCGGGAUGGAGAGGCAACAACCUGAUCACUAAUGAGACGUUCCCCUACGGCAUGCAAUGGAUGUACCCAUGCGGCGGCAUGCACACAACAACAAACCGAACCUUCUGGCCGACCACCGGCGGCGGCAUCGCCUUCCAGCCGGGCUGGUUCUCGGGCCACGCGACGGCCUUCGUCUACGUCAACCUGGGCUUCGGCAACGAGGGCCCCGAGCUGGAUCCGGACCUCCGCGGCCCGCCCAACAUGAGCUACCCGAUGAUCACGCCCUUCCAGAUCCUCGGCCCGACCAAGGGCCCCUACCCGGGCACCGUCUGCUUGCCGCAGCUCCCGAUGCCCCAGGGCGUGACCGCCAAGGCCGGCGAGAACGCCACCAUCCAGCUGGUCGAGCUGGCCCUGCACGGCGCCGCCCUCUACUCGUGCGUCGACAUCACCUUCGCCGAGCCCGGCGACCCGCGCAUCCCGCUCAUGAACGAGACCAACUGCUUCAACAGCACCGACAUCGGCGCCGCCGACGUCUACACCCUCACCAUGCGCGAGUCGGGCGAGGGCCGCGACAAGCCGAAUGCGGCGGCGCGCGGCCUGCACCAGCUCGCCUACUGGGCCUACGUGCCCCUCGCGCUGGGCGGGGUGUGGGCGCUGCUGUGAACGAACGGGAUGGGAUGGGUUGCUGAUGAGAGAGGAUUGGGGGUUGGGGUUGGGUUUCUUUCUCUUCUAGGUGCUACGGUGAUGUUCUUUUCUGUGGCCCUGCCGGGCUGCGGG